AUGGCGGGCAGAAUGGUGCUGUACAAGCUGGUGGUGCUGGGCGAUGGUGGUGUUGGCAAGACGGCCUUGACCAUCCAGCUGUGUUUGCAGCAUUUCGUCGAGACGUACGACCCGACAAUUGAGGAUUCGUACCGCAAGCAGGUUGUUAUCGAUGGCCAGCCCUGCAUGCUCGAGGUUCUCGACACGGCCGGCCAGGAGGAAUACACAGCGCUGCGAGACCAAUGGAUCCGAGACGGUGAAGGCUUUGUUCUAGUCUACAGCAUCGCAUCCCGCUCGUCCUUUACACGCAUCAAGCGCUUCCACCACCAGAUCCAGCGCGUCAAGGAGUCAGUAGCCUCUUCGCCCUCAUAUCCGGGCUCCCCUCUAUCUGCUGCCAGCCCGCAGCUGCCCGUACCCAUUAUGCUUGUGGGCAACAAGAGCGACAGAGUCACCGAGCGCGAGGUAUCAACCCAGGAGGGACACGCCCUGGCUCGGGAGCUUGGCUGCGAGUUUGUCGAGGCCUCGGCCAAGAAUUGCAUCAACGUCGAAAAGGCCUUUUACGACGUCGUCAGGAUUCUGCGCCGACAACGCCAGCAGGCCUCGCGCCCCGCUGCGGGCGCAAGCGGCCGAGCUCGAACAAGCAAUGGUGAUGUAGGCGGCGGAGGCCGAGACACGCACAAGUAUCGGCGCGGCAAGGACGGCGAGAAGGGCAAGUCCAAGUGCAUCGUCUUAUGA